AAUUGCACUUUACCAACUCCAAAAAACACACACAACACAUAGUCACCGGGCCUUCAACUUCUCCCCGCCGUCCCUUUGUCUGUUUCUACUUCAAUUUUUCUUGCAGCAACUCACUGGAAACGGACAAAGCUUUAACCAAUUCCGGUGGUUUUGUAACUUUUGUCUUGUACUGUUGUGCAAUUCCUGUGUAGAAUAUUUUGAUUGGGAGAAAAGGGGAAAAGGGUUUCUCUCUGGGCCUUCUUUUUUUGCUGCAUUUUUUUCCUCUUCCUAGAUUUGGGUGUUUUAGCUGAACCCAUUUGGGUAAAGUUGAUUUUCAGGGUGUGGGGAGAGGUAAAGUAGGAAGCUUGACACACAGUUGACCCUGGAGACUGGAGUGCGUGCAAUUUGGGGGUCGAAGGAAAAAGGAGAGCAGCAGCGGCUUAGGUGAAAUGAGAGGGGUGUGGGGAGGGGUAAAGUUGGAACCUUGACACACAGUUGACGCUGGAGUGCGUGCAAUUUGGGGGUUGAGGUGAAAGGGUGAGAGCAGCUAUUGUGGUGAGGUGAGGAAGUGAUGGUGAGAAAACAUGGGUGGCAGUUGCCGGCACACACCUUUCAGGUUGUUGCUAUUACAGUAUUUUGCUUGUUAGUGGUGGCAUUUUAUGCUUUCUUUGCUCCAUUUCUUGGAGGCCGAAUAUGGGAGUACGUUCUAAUGGGUGUCUAUUCCCCAGUGGCAAUAUUGGUGUUUAUUCUUUAUGUUCGAUCUACUGCAAUAAACCCGGCAGACCCCGGCAUCAUGUAUAAAUUCGACCCUGAGCUAAUGAAUGAGGCAAGGGAAAAGCGUGAAUCGAUUGCACAUGGUCUGAGAAGGAAAUAUGAUGAAGGUAGUAAUGGAACUCAUUCAUGUGCAUCUUCUCCCUCAAGAAGUUCCUUUGCUGGAGCUAACUCUAGUAAGAAAGGUUCGGUUGAGUCUGUGAAAUCCAACACUCAAGCGGUACCUCCAAGAAGGAGUUCGUUCUGCCAUUUUUUCGGCGGAUUUCUCUGCGCAAUCUUUGUUCUUGAAGAUUGCCGCAAACAGGAUGAAACAGCUGAGCUGGAAGGUACAGGGGAAGAUGCUUUGUUUUGCACGCUGUGCAACGCUGAGGUUCGGAAAUUCAGCAAGCACUGUCGAAGUUGUGACAAGUGUGUGGAUGGAUUCGAUCAUCAUUGUCGGUGGCUCAAUAACUGCGUAGGGCGGAAGAACUACGCCACAUUUAUCUCACUUAUGGGCAUCAGUUUAGUUUGGCUUGUUGUUGAAGCUGGAGUGGGCAUUGGCGUUCUAGUUCGUUGCUUCACCAAUAAGCAUUAUAUGGAGGCUCAAAUAGUUGAUCGGCUAGGAAAUGGUUUCUCCCGUGCCCCAUUUGCAACUGUUGUGGCUUUAUGUUCGGCCGUGUCCUUGCUGGCAUGUGUGCCCUUGGGCGAACUUUUCUUUUUCCACAUGAUCCUAAUACGAAAGGGCAUUACAACUUACGAAUAUGUCGUGGCAAUGAGGGCCAUGAGCGAAGUGCCUCCAGGAGCAUCAGUCGACGAGGAGGUCCCGGAUAUUUUAUAUUCUCCAUCUGGUUCUGCAACGACUGGUUUCAGUGGCGGAAGUUCAUUGGGGCUGCAAUAUAAGGGUGCUUGGUGCACGCCUCCUCGGGUUUUUGUUGACUAUCAGGAAGAAGUUGCACCGCAGUUAGGACCUGGUAUGAUCCCGUCUACAGUUGAUCCGGAUGCUAACGGAUCGGGUGAGAAGGGAAAUAAGGGGCCGAAAAAGGGAGUUCGGAUCAGUGCGUGGAAGCUUGCUAAACUAGACUCGAGUGACGCAAUGAAAGCAGCUGCAAAAGCAAGGGCAUCGUCGUCUGUAUUGCGUCCUCUUGAUGGUCGUCGUUUGCCUGAUUCUGAGAUAAGUUCGAGCGAGAACGGUAGUAUCAAAAGUAGCAUGAGCACCGACACCGGAGGAAACAAAGAUGCCCGGAACGAUCUCAGGCUGUCGCCUCGGAGGCACUCGUUCGCCCCGAGUCAAGGCAGCCGGGAUGAGUAUGAGACCGGGACUCAAAGCAUGAGCAGUUUCAGCAGUCCGGGUCAUGUUCACGAAUCCGUCUCGUUGAGCCCUCUUCCACAACCUCGCGGUCUGAACCCUCUCGUCUCAGAUCAGCCGCUGGCCUCUAGAGCAGCGGCUGUUCCGGCUAGAAACAACCCGGUCUUCCCUAACUCCUCAGGUUUCGACGAAAAGAUUAUGCAGAGGCAUAGCGGUCCCGACACCCUCCUGCUCUCUGCUCCGACUGCUCUGACUGCUGCUCCGGCAGUUUCCUUCAUUCGAGACGUGAAAAGAACGUCCGUUGUUUGGGAUCAGGAAGCUGGGAGGUACGUCUCCGUUCCGUUAUCAACAGCUGAAGCCCGAAAAAGGCCAUCUUUACCGUCUGCUCUACCAAACACUACUGCAGCGACAAGCAAUCAAGAUAAGAGACUGGCUGCCCCCGUUCGAGAGCCUCCACCGCCCCUAGCUAAGCCCGCGGUCCACCAGUCGGAUAAGCUGACGUACACGGGAGAAUCCAUCUUCUUUGGCGGCCCCCUUCUCAGUGCUCCGAUCAGAGACGGGCUGAGAGGUGAAGGAGGCUCGAGCUCAAAAGACGGACAGGAUAAGCUGCCCAUCAACUUGCCUCGAGAUUCGAGAUUCAAGAGGGAUGCCGUCUCGAACCAGCUCCCGAUUUUCAUUCCUGGGGAUUUUGAGCUCAACCCUCCAUCGGGAUCGAGUUUCUAAUAUCUCGUUCGACCAAAGAAACCCUACUGCGGCCAUUCGUUCCCACAUAUGCCUACGAGCUGCAGACUAGAAGAAACCCCUCGACGGGGGCCGUUUUCGUGCCCCCAUCGGAACCUCUUCCUCACACGAAAGAUAAGCUGCGGCUAGGUUCCAGUGGUUUCUUCUCACCGCAUGCUUCGGUUAUUUAACAUUUUUGUUGCUUCGUUGUAUCAAUACACUCGACUAAGACCCGGCUGUGGCUGGUGCGGUUUGGUCGGUUCGACUGGCUCACCCGCGUAGGUUUACAUUCAUUCCUAGCUGUUGAUGAUGCUUUAGAUUUGUGUGUAUUGUUUGAUUUAAUCAUCAGAUUUCAACCACCAGUGGUAUUUAGGAUUAAGGGAUGAAUAUUGACACAA